AUGAACGUGUUUAAAUUUCGAGGUGAACUCAUUGGUCAUGCCGGUGAUGUUAGAGGCCUUUGUUGCCUCCAAGAUGGUACACUCGUUUCGUCUUCGCGAGAUAUGUCAGUUCGGUCCUGGAAACUUGAUAGGUAUUUUGAUUUCAGUUAUACACGCAUAUAUAAUACAUUAAUACUAGUUUUUUGCAUCGUUUCAGCAAAAUAUUUUUUUAUUUCUAGGGGAACAGCAAAUGCCACUAAAGGCAAAGUAUAUGCAAAACACGAUAAUUAUGUAACGACGGUAGUAUAUGCAAAACCAACAAAAAUGUUCCCAAGUGGCCUUAUACUGACAGGUUCGAACGAUAACCUUAUUCGGGCGUUUAUUGAGGAGGAGUCUGAUCCCGUUUUCAUCCUUCAUGGCCAUACUGAUACAGUUUGCGCACUUGAUUCUAACGCUGAUGGUAUUGUUGCGAGCGGUUCAUGGGAUUCUACGGCGAGGUUAUGGAAUUACGAUUCUUGCAUUGGUAAACUCCAGCGUCCAGGAACUACUAUCUGGGCAGUCAUAUUUUUACCUCAGUCCCGUCCAGACGAAUAUUUGAUCGCUACAGGCUCAUCGGAUGCGGUGAUAUCCAUUUGGCGUAUCCCUUGCGCUUCGCUUGCACAAAAUUCCCUCGCUUAUGAGUCCUUGACUCCCGCAAAACUUCUUAGAGGUCAUAUGGACUGCGUCCGUUCUCUAGCUCUCCUCGACUGCGACCUUAUUUCAGCUAGCAAUGAUGGAAGUCUUCGUUGUUGGAGUCUCGACUCUGGAACUUGCAUCGCGGAGUUUUAUGGCCAUACUAGCUUUGUCUACUCCGUAGCCGUCGAUCCAGCUCAUCAGUUCAUAGUCUCAUCUGGGGAAGACAGGACAGUACGUGUCUGGCCUGUCCCAAAAGCGGGUAUUAGCUCGGCGCAGCAAUUGGAGUGUCAACAGACCAUUUCCCUACCCUGUCAGACUGCAUGGUGUGUAGUAGUCACAGUCGACGGUGAUAUUGCUGUCGGAUGCAGCGACAAUAGAAUUCGCUUGUUUUCGCGCACCCCUGAACGUCAGGCAUCGGAUUCGACGCUAGAAUCAUACGCCAAUGAACUGGCAUCCUUUCAGGUGGUUGAGGGUACUCUUGGCGAACUUGACAAACAUGAUUUGCCCGGUGUUGAAGCGCUCACUAUUCCCGGCCGAAGCGAAGGUCAGAUAAUAGUGAUUCGAGAGGCACCGGGUGUGGUGUGCUAUCAGUGGUCGACGGGUGAAUCAAGGUGGGUUAAAGUCGGCGACGUCGUGGGCUCCGCUGAGCAUUCUAUCUCUGGUUCAAAUCGCAUUCUUUUCGAGGGCAAGGAGUACGAUUAUGUAUUCACAGUUGACUUCGCCGAUAAUAUGCCAGCUGUUAAACUACCCUUCAACAAGGUGGACGAUCCCUGGGUGGUAGCACAAGCCUUCUUGCACAAACACAAUCUACCACAGGACUACCUGGACACGGUGGCCAAGUAUAUAAUUCAGCAGGCUGGUCUGCACGGCUCUGGUAGCAGACAUGGCGAUGAAAAUGAGUACUUCGAUCCUUUUACUGGUUCUGGUCGCUACGUUCCAACUGGAAAGGUGGACGAAAAGCCUAAAUUUUAUUUUCCCGCAAAACAAUUUAUCACUUUAGAGGCCAUAAAUGUCAAAUUGGUUCUCUCAAAACUGAAAGAGUUCAGUUUGACUGCUUCAAAGGGUCUUUCGGAAAAGGCAAUGCAGCUGGUAGAGAAUAUGAGCCCUGAGAUGUCGGAAGAGGAUGCUCUUCAUUUGACGCAGGCUAUUCUGGAGCUAAUUAAACUGUGGCCAAGUGGUAUGUGCACCGUUAGCAAUAGUAUUCAUUAA